UGGGGGUCACCACAGCAUGAGGAAUGAUAUGAAAGGCUCAUAGUAUUCGGUUGAGAACUGCUGGAGUGGAGUCAUGGGAGGGAGACAUUCAUGUUCAUUCAUUUAUUGAGCACUGACUGUGUGCAUCUCGUGGACCUACGGAUUGCCCUUGGAGGGCACUCCUAUUACCAUCUCUAGGAUAGGUGAGAAACGGAAAUUUAGACUGUUUCAAAGCUUGCCAAAGUCUGGGGAGAGCCCGAGCUAAGCUCACAGCUCUAGCCAUUGGUCUCCACGGCUCACCCUCCAGCGUCGCUGCCAACUUCCCGGUUUCCCUAGUCCUGCCGUGGCAAGCUCUGGCCCUUCCUGCUGCUGCCUGGUGGGAUUUCCUGAGGGAGUGUGAGGGAGCCUGGCUUGUGUGCUGGUGACUGCUCCAGGCAGGAAUCGGGGGCCGGAGCCCAGGCGUUCACUGCGACGCCUCUCACUCCCCCACUCAACGGAGCACGGUACAGGGUCCUCGUGGUGGCAGCCGCUCCCGUCGCCUGGCGGCAUCAGAUGCCCUGUGUCCGUUGUCACACUUUGUCCUGACAGGACUGUGGGGCUGGACAGCACCCGCCUGGGACAGAGGAGGAAGCUGAGGUGCAGUGAACUGGGGGACGGGGAGGCUUUGGUUGCCACCUGUUGCAGCUCAACACACUCCAGGGACAUUUCUGAGUCCUUGGGGUGCUAAGCCCUGGCCUGCGGGACCUUGGGGACAAUGGUAGCCGAGUAUCCUCAGCCUGUGGCUGUCCCUGCUGCACUGGAGACUGUCUGCAGGGGCAGUGGUCGAGUGAACAUGUCAGGCCCUGCUGAGGUCGGCUGAACAUCAGGAGCGGGACUCAGCCGGUCACAGGACGGCAGCAGGCUGUCACCUCUUUGCCUGGCUUUGGGGUCACUCAGCCUGAACCCACACGUACAGUUACCCUCAGCCCAGGUGCUGUGACUUGCAAGUGUUCACAACCCAGCUCAACUAUUGCUAAGCCUCCACCCCCCUACACACAAGCACACACACACACUAACACAAGAGAGGGAAAGGGCAUUUUGAGCAAAAAGAAUAGCACGUGCAAAGGCCUGGAGCGAGGGGCCCCUCGUGGGCCCUAACAGUCCUGUGUAAGUGAGGUGAUGGUGGGAGAGGGAGCUGAAAGAGGGGCAGGGCCCAGUCCUGGGAUCCUGCACGUGACCUGGGGUCACACCUGCCGUGGGAGAGACAAACGCUUGCCACGUUGACCAUGUCAGGGCAACAGGAGUUUAGCAAAGUCCGUCCGGGUCCUGCCUCAAGCUUCCUUUCUGUGAAGUGGGGGUUCAAACUCCCCAGGACGCAGGCUGAUGAGGGUCACAGAAGCCCCAACAAGGACAGGGCUCUAUGGCCCUUCCAUCCCCUGCCGCAGGGAACAUUUCCGAUGAGAGAGGGUUGGCAGUCGUGAAGGUCGAGAGCGGCCAACUGCCUUCUGACCUGUCAUGGCUUUCGAUGGCCGUCGCUACGUGUCCCGUGGAUGUGCCUGGCUGGCACGGAGGCGGGCCUGAGCCACUCCUCCCACAGGCACCAUGGCCAGCGGCAGGGGCCUGCCACUCCUGCUGCUGUUGCCCCAGCUGUUCCUGGGCCCCGCGCUGGCUGUGAGGGCACCUGCGGUUGGCCGAGGCGGCACCCACGGCCCCAGCCCCGAGGAAAAUGAGUUUGUGGAGGAGGAGCAGCCCGUGCUGGUCCUGAGCCCUGGGGAGCCCGAGCUGGGCCCGGCCACCAUCGACUGUCCCCGGGAGUGUGCCUGCUCCCAGGAAGGAGUAGUGGACUGCGGUGGCAUUGACCUCCGGGAGUUUCCAGGCGACCUGCCGGAGCUCACCAACCACCUCUCCCUGCAGAACAACCAGCUGGAGAAGAUCUACCCCGAGGAGCUGGCGCGGCUGCAGCGGCUGGAGACGCUGAACCUUCAGAACAACCGCCUGACUUCCCGAGGGCUCCCAGAGGAGGCAUUUGAGCAUCUUACUAGCCUCAAUUACCUGUACCUGGCCAACAACAAGCUGACACUGGCACCCCGAUUCCUGCCGAACACCCUGAUCAGUGUGGACUUUGCUGCCAAUUAUCUCACCAAGAUCUACGGACUCACCUUUGGCCAAAAGCCAAAUCUGAGGUCUGUGUACCUGCACAACAACAAGCUGGCAGACGCCGGGCUGCCGGAAAACAUGUUCAAUGGCUCCGGCAACGUGGAGAUCCUCAUCCUGUCCAGCAACUUCCUGCGCCACGUGCCCAAGCACCUGCCACCUGCCCUGUACAAGCUGCACCUCAAGAACAAUAAACUGGAGAAGAUUCCUCCUGGAGCCUUCAGUGAACUGAGCAACCUGCGGGAACUGUACCUGCAAAACAACUACCUGACAGACGAGGGCCUGGACAAUGAGACCUUCUGGAAGCUCUCCAGCCUGGAGUACCUGGACCUGUCCAGCAACAACCUGUCCCGGGUCCCGGCCGGCCUUCCCCGCAGCCUGGUUCUGCUGCACCUGGAGAAGAACGCCAUCCAGAGCGUAGACGCCGAGGUCCUGACACCCAUCCGCAGCCUGGAGUACCUGCUGUUGCACAGCAACCAGCUUCGGGCUGAGGGCAUCCACCCGCUGGCCUUCCAGGGCCUCAAGCGGCUGCACACGGUCCACCUGUACAACAACGCGCUGGAGCGCGUGCCCAGCGGCCUGCCCCGCCGCGUCCGCACCCUCAUGAUCCUGCACAACCAGAUCGCGGGCAUCGGGCGCGAGGACUUCGCCACCACCUACUUCCUGGAGGAGCUCAACCUCAGCUACAACCGCAUCACCAGCCCGCACGUGCACCGGGACGCCUUCCGCAAGCUGCGCCUGCUGCGCUCCCUCGACCUGUCCGGCAACCGCCUGCAGACGCUGCCUCCGGGCCUGCCCAAAAACGUGCACGUGCUCAAGGUCAAACGCAACGAGCUGGCCGCCCUGGCGCGCGGGUCUCUGGCUGGCAUGGCCCAGCUGCGGGAACUCUACCUCACAGGCAACCGACUGCGGAGCCGGGCCCUGGGACCCCGUGCCUGGGUGGACCUUGCUGGCCUGCAGCUGCUGGACAUUGCUGGGAACCAGCUCACCGAGGUCCCUGAGGGGCUCCCCCCGUCUCUCGAGUACCUGUACCUGCAGAAUAACAAGAUCAGCACCGUUCCUGCCAACGCCUUCGACUCCACCCCCAACCUCAAGGGCAUCUUUCUCAGGUUCAACAAGCUGGCCGUGGGCUCCGUGGUGGAAAGCGCCUUCCGGAGGCUGAAACACCUGCAGGUCUUGGACAUCGAAGGCACCUUUGAGUUUGGUGACGUUUCCAAGGACCGAGGCCACAUAGAUGAGGAAGAGGAAGAAGAGGAGGAUGAGGAGGACGAGGAAGAGGAGACAAGAUAGAAGCAGAGUGACACAGAUCUGAUCCAGGAUGAUGGACCACCGGACUCCUUUCUGCAGCCCGGGCCUGUGCCCCAGGAGUGUCCGCUUCUGACACCCCCAACGCUGAGCCCAAGGGGCUUCUGAACACCACAGGCUGAGCGCAAUCUUGUGUCCCACCCUUUUCCGGCAAUGAGCGUGUCACACAGCCAGACACGUGCAGAUACUGCUUUACGACCACACCCCCAGCUUGGCCACACAGAGAGCUGGCUGCCCGUGACCCUCCAAACCAGCUCUCUGCACAAUCUCACACACACACACACACACACACACACACACACACACACACACACACUUUGACCUCUGAGUCCACACUGGCCUGAAACACUCAGGCAGCGCCCCUCCCCAGUGUUCUCAUACACAGAGUGGCCUAUGUCACCAAAAGCUCUUGCUUCCAGCCACUUCGGGCUGUCACGGUCAGCCAUGCCCCUUGUCCUCUGUUCUCCCCCUUGGGGACUCAGGGUUGUCUCCUUGCUCUGAGGCCUUCUGAGACUCACAAAAGCUGGCUUUUGUUUUGUGCCUUCCCUCUGGGGAGGGCACCUUCUGCCUUCCACCAUGGCCUCCCCCCACCUAGGUGCUGGGCAGUCCGACUGUGGGGCGCCCCUUUCCUGUUGUGCCCUGGCAGGUCAUGGGCACUCUCUGAGGACAAUCUCAAGAAGGUGUGGGAGGGGAAGCAGCUGUGGGUGGCGGGUACUGGAUCAGGGGUGGCGGUGGCGGUGGCUGCAUUGGUCUUUAGUUCUGCAGGGAAGUUCUGGGUACCUUUGGUUUUCUUUAAGGAGAAAAAAAAUAUGAGGAGAUUUAAAAAAAUAUAUCUCAAAGCUGAUUUUUCCUGUUACAGAAAAAUUAAUAUAAAGCAUUACCUCUG